AUGAAAGCGAGGCUUGUGCUCAUUAGCAAGGGCAAGGGUCCAGUAGGGGCAGUUUCAUCAUACAGGCCUAUUUGUAUGCUCGAAUCGGCUGGAAAACUGCUGGAGAAUCUGCUAAGGCCAAUGCUGCACGCAGCCAUGAAGGCAGCACGAGAUCUUGCCGGCCGCCAGUACGGAUUCCGAUCCGGCCUCUCCACCAUCCACGAAGUCCAGGAAGUGGUCACGGCCGCUAAAAUGACGGGGCGAGGCAAUCAUCGAACUCGACCUCUGUGCCUGCUUGCCACAUUAGACGUGAAAAAUGCCUUCAACUCCGUCAGGGGGGACCUGGCAAAGGAAACGCUCGAACUUCCAGAAAGUACUUUCUUGGUUGGGUACGCAGAUGACUUUGCAGUUGUCAUAACCGCAAGAGACACGGAGGGGGCACAGUUGCUGCUCAACCAGGUCAUGCGGAGAGUUACCUCCUGGAUGGAAGACCACGGGCUAUCUCUAGCAGCCCAGAAGACACAGAUCGUGAUACUUACGAGGAAGCGCAUCAACACCUUGCGCCGCUUCCCUGAAGGGCAAGCGGCGGUACAAACUAAGAUGGCUGACAAAUAUCUCGGGUUUAUGCUUGACAACAAGCUUAACUAUGGAGAGCACAUUAUCAUGGCAGCCGACACGGCGGCAAAAGUAGUAGCCUCAAUGGGCAUACUCAUGGCUAAAAUCAAAGGUCCCCGGCCGUGCAUGAGGAGACUGCUGAUGCAUGCCGCUGAAGCAGUGAUGCUGUACGGUGCGAAAGUAUGUGCCGAGCCGCUGCAAAAAGAGGAAUACCGUAAGCGCAUAACCGCGGUACAGAAGAGGGGCAACCUCCGUAUUGCGUGCUCCUACCGAAUGGUCUCAGAGUCGGCAGUGCUAGUUGUCGCCGGGGUAUUCCCGAUCGAUCUAUUAUCCCAGGAGAGGAAAUUCGUCCACCAGCAAAGGUGUGUCCUGGGAAUGGAGAAGGCAUCAAGGCUUGCCAGGUCUAUCAGCAUCAAGUGCUGGCAAAGUAGAUGGGAGCAGGAACGUAGGGGCAGAUGGACUGACCUACUCAACAGUCAGCUAGACAACUGGAUAAAUCGGGAGAGUGGAGAAGUCGAUUUCUACCUCACCCAAUUCCUGAUAGGGCAUGGCCUGUUCCGCUCCUACAUGGCUAGAAUGAGGAAGAGCGCCGAACGUCUAGCCUUGGAACAAGACCUCGGAGACCUCUCGCCGGACAACGUCGUCGAGAAAAUGCUCCGUGGGCAGAAGGAGUGGAACAAGGUGGCCUGGAUGGAUAUGAGUUUAGUCCGUAGUGCCUAUUCCAACGGUGAGACCGACACUUCAGGGACUUGUAUGGUGACCCAUAUGGGGAAGGGUCCCACUGGCGGGCAGGGUCUCUGGGGUAGAGCGUAA